AUGUCGAAAUCUCGUAGUCAGUCAUCUAUACCAGCAUUUUUGUAGAAAACAUACGAUAUUUUGGAAAAUCCUUAAUUGUAAGAUAUUGUAGGUUGGAACGAAGAUGGUUCAGGAUUUCUCGUAAAAAACGUGAUAGCCUUCCAAGAUCAGGUUCUUCCCAUGUACUUUAAGCAUCGAAACUUUGCAUCGUUUGUUAGAUAAAUGAAUAUGUAUGGGUUCCAUAAGUCAAGAAGCGAUUUGAAGGAAAACGAAUUCAUCCAUCCUCAUUUUAGGAAGGACUAAAGAAAUCUUUUAAAAAAAAUAAAAAGAAAGUCAGGUGAACAUAUUGACGAACAAUUCGCAAUAAUGGAACUGAAGCCACAUAGAAAUACAAAUUUAUAAGAUAAAUAAAUUUAAGAAAUAUUAACUAAAUAAUAGGAGUUAGAGAAAGUUUGUAAAAUAUUGAUUGAAUAAAAUAAUAAAAUAUUACAAUGCAAUCAACAACUCAGGAAUCAAUUGGUUCAAGAGAGAUUCAAUGGUAAUAAAAAGAUUCAGAAGUUGAAGGAUUACUUUUUAGGAUAACAAUAGAUGCAAACUCUGGAAGAUGAUCCUCUACAAAAAAGAUCAUCUGGGGCAUUGUAUUAGACAUUGGAAUCUGAUAAUGAAGAUCUGAUUGUGGUGAAUAAAAAAAAGGUGAAGGAAGAUGAUUCUGAUAGCACUAUUGAGAGAAUGGGACACCUAUAUCCACCUUUGAUGUUAACAAAUGCAGAAAAUUAAGAUGCUUAAGAAUUAAAUGAGGAUGGAAUAAUUCAAUUGUUGGGAGAUCAACAAUUAGAUGAUUUAUACUUUGAUUGA